AGCUGUCCCUACCCCUACACGUUCUCCGUGCUUGCUGUGUAGAUCGCGCCACUGAGCAGUGCCAUGUCAGAGUGCGCUCUUCUCCCAAUCAUUCAAUGCCUUCUAACGAACAUUAGAUGCAAGAAGAGCGCGGAGCAGGACGGAGUGAUGACCAGGUUGCGCUAGGACGAGGAGGAAGGAAGACAGCGGGGUCUUUUCUGAUGAAAGUGGAUUGUUAAAUGUUAUUUCCUUUACCAUUGACGAUCAUGCUUUAUUUUCAGCUGGUGAUAAUGGCUGGGACUGUCAUGCUGGCGUAUUACUUCGAGUACACCGACACUUUCAACGUGCACGUACAAGGAUUUUUCUGCUAUGACAAUUCCUAUACGAAGCCCUAUCUUGGACCGGAGGAAUCGAGCGCUAUUCCACCCGCUCUUCUGUAUGCGGUGGUCGCCGGAGUCCCCACACUUGUGAUAACUCUUACAGAGUCUGUCCUGUUUCUGCUGCAAUACACCUCUAAAGAUCUAGAUAGCCGUGAGAAGACCAUUGUCACUGGAGACUGCUGUUACCUCAACCCUCUUGUACGCAGGACUUUCCGUUUUUUGGGUGUGUACACAUUCGGCCUGUUUACCACGGAUAUCUUUGUGAAUGCGGGCCAGGUGGUGACGGGGAAUCUCGCCCCUCACUUCCUCACGGUGUGUAAGCCCAAUUACACGGCCCUGGGCUGCCAGCAGGCCCUGCGUUUCAUCAGCCACCAGGAAGCCUGCACCGGCAACGAGGAGGACAUCCUGCGUGCGCGCAAAACCUUCCCCUCCAAAGAGGCAGCGCUGAGCGUCUACGCCGCGCUCUAUCUGGCGAUGUACAUCACCUGCACGGUGAAAGCCAAAGGAACCAGGCUAGCGAAGCCUGUGCUGUCCCUGGGCCUCAUGUGCCUGGCCUUCCUCACCGGGAUUAACAGGGUGGCAGAGUACCGCAACCACUGGUCUGACGUCAUUGCGGGGUUCAUCAUAGGAGUAGCUAUAGCUACAUUCCUGGUAGUGUGUGUGGUGCACAACUUCCAAGGCAAGCUGUUGCUGAAUGACAAUCCUCCACAGGACAACCUGUCCAAUACGCCCAUGAUCAACCUGCCUAGAGUAGAGAGUCCACUGGAAAAAUACAUAGCCUCGCAGAAUCACAUCGCCUUCGCUGAGGUCACAUGACGUUGAAGCGGCCGUUUGCCAGACACAUUGGACAUCAUCGCUGUUCACUGUUCAGUCAUCAUAGUGAAAUCCUAAUCCCUGCUGUAUAUUACAUUUCUGAUUACAGUUUCCUCAACCAUAUCAGUGUUUAAAGAUCCUCAGUCCUGAUGGGAAAUUAAAAGACUGUUCCUGCUUUUAACCCUUAUUUUUUAUGAUAUAUAUUUUUGUUUACCAAACAUUUUUGACUGUGUUGCUUUAGGCCAUGUCUGAGACUGAAAAUCAAUAAAGGCCCUACAUUUUUUGUUUUUAAAA